AAACCGGCAGCAGUUCUUGAAAUUCAAAAAAUUGGAGUUUUGGAGAAGAAGAAGAAGGAAAAAAUGGAUUUUGAUGAUUGGGAAUUGAGUGCAGAGGAAUUGGAUAAACUUGAAAGAGAUGCCCUAAGGCAAAUUGCUGAGCGAAAUGCAUCUUCUUCUUCUGCUACGACGAGUUCCUGUUUGCAAUCAACUGUUUUGUCUCGCCUUCAAGGAGAUGGUAAUGGUUCUGGGGUUUCAUAUAAAAGGGAAGAUGUGUUAUCUGCUGCACCUAUAAUAAGACCUUCAUCAGGAUAUGAUAAGGUCUCUGGGAAAAGCUCUGUUGGAUAUUCUGGGCCUCAUAAUGACAAUCACAUGAAACAGCUAACAGAAAAGCGCUUGGUUAAAUUUUUCCUUCAUGCGAGUGGAAAUAUUGCAGCAAAGUUUUCAUAUGAUCAGAUACUUGUUGAAGCUUGCCGUAAAAUCCCUAAAGCUAGUUGGAGUGCAAAAGAGAGGUUGUGGAUGUUUCCUUUGUCAUCGUUGUCUGUAGCAGAAAAAGUUCUCCAUGAAAUUUCUGGCUCCAAUCUAGAGUUGGAGAAUUUAGAUCCUCUGGUGCAACGUGCCAUUGCUGCUGCUUCUGUGAUGCCUGACCUUCGAGAUCAUUAUGAAUUUAUUCCAAAUAGUAUUGAAACAAAGCUUUUGCCUUUUCAACGUGAAGGGGUUAGAUUUGCAUUACAACAUGGAGGGCGUAUCCUGUUGGCUGAUGAGAUGGGACUUGGAAAGACUCUUCAGGCUAUCGCUGUGGUUUCAUGUGUCCGUGAAUCAUGGCCAGUUCUUGUUCUUGCUCCAUCUGCCUUACGGCUUCACUGGGCUUCGAUGAUUCAACAGUGGAUGAACAUUCCGUCAUCGGAAAUACUUGUAUUGUUCAAUACCUUUUUUACUAUUUUUGUGAAGAUGGACCCACCAGAUGCAAGCUGGUAUAAUUUUCCACCUAUCCUUAUGGGUAAGUUCAUUGUGUUGGAUGUCACGGUUGCAUUUUCAUGCUACUUAAUGAUUGUUAUCCGUGAUGAUUUGUUUAUUCAGGUUGUUAUAGCAGAUGAAUCACACUUCUUGAAAAAUGCCCAAGCAAAAAGAACCAGUGCUUCCCUUCCCUUAUUACAGAAAGCUCAGUAUGUGAUAUUGCUCAGUGGAACUCCUGCUUUAUCAAGGCCAAUUGAACUAUUCAAACAGCUCGAGGCCUUGCAUCCUACUGUAUAUAAGAACGUGCACGAAUAUGGCAACCGCUAUUGCAAGGGUGGCAUCUUUGGAGUUUAUCAAGGUGCAAGUAAUCACGAAGAGCUGCACAGUUUAAUCAAAGCAACAGUGAUGAUUCGACGACUAAAAAAGGAUGUCCUUUCUGAACUCCCUCAGAAACGGAGGCAACAUGUUUUCCUAAACUUGGGGGAGAAGGAGAUGAGACAAGUUAAUGCUCUAUUUAGUGAGUUGGAGGUCAUUAAGGGGAAAGGUAAAUCAGCUCAGUCCGAGGAGGAGGCUAAUUCUCUCAAGUUUGCAGAGAAGAGCCUCAUCAGUAAGAUUUACACUGCCUCCGCUGAGGCCAAAAUUCCAGCAGUUUUGGAUUACCUAGGAACCAUGGUUGAGGCAAACUGCAAGUUCCUGAUAUUUGCACAUCAUCAAUCAAUGAUUGAUUCAAUACAUGAGUAUUUACUAAAGAAGAAGGUUGGUUGUAUUAGGAUUGAUGGCAGCACUCCAUCAGCAUUACGACAAGAUUUGGUGACAGAUUUUCAGGAAAAAGAAACAAUUAAGGCUGCAGUGCUUUCCAUCAGAGCUGGGGGAGUUGGGCUAACAUUAACAGCAGCAAGCACAGUGAUAUUUGCAGAAUUAUCAUGGACACCAGGUGACCUUAUUCAAGCCGAGGAUCGAGCUCACAGAAUUGGCCAGGUGUCCUCUGUCAAUGUGUGUUAUCUGCUGGCGAAUGACACUGUUGAUGACAUAAUUUGGGAUGUCGUUCAGAGCAAGCUAGACAACCUCGGACAGAUGCUUGAUGGCCAGGAGAAAUCAUUGGAAGUUUCGACUAAUCAGUCCCACAGCAGCCCUUCAAAACAGAAGACCCUCGACUCCUUCAUAAAGCGCUGUAAUAACUCACCUCAGGACCCCAGCAAAAAACACUGUCGUGAUUAGGCCACUCAAGAACAAAUAUUAAACCCCCAUCUCUAUACACAUUAGAGGAGAUUGGAGAUGUGUAUAUUCGACUAGUAUAUCAUACUGUUUAGCAAGUAGUAUGGUGUAUUCCCUCAUAUUUGUCUGAUAGAUGUAGAGCUGUUAGAGAUGCAGCUUAUGGUGAAAACAUUUUUUGUUUCAACUAUUUUAUCGCAAAACUCUGACUCGAA